AUGGUUAAAGCCGCUGUUCUCGGUGCUUCUGGUGGUAUUGGCCAGCCAUUGUCUCUCCUCUUGGCCAUCAGCCCAUUGGUCGAUGAGCUUAGCCUCUACGAUGUCGUCAAUACCCCAGGUGUCGGUGCUGACCUUUCCCACAUCAACAGCAAGGCUAAAGUCACUGCCUACCUUCCUGAGGAAGGAAAGGGCCUCGAGAAGGCUCUCACCGGCACUGACAUCGUUGUGAUCCCAGCCGGUAUCCCACGAAAGCCCGGUAUGACCCGUGAUGACCUCUUCAAGAUCAAUGCAGGCAUUGUCCGUGAUCUCGUCACCGGAGUCGCCAAAUACUCUCCAAAGGCCUUCGUCCUGAUCAUCUCCAACCCCGUCAACUCCACUGUUCCAAUUGCCGCCGAGGUCCUCAAGAAACACGAGGUUUUCGAUGCCACCAAGUUGUUCGGUGUCACUUCUCUCGAUGUCGUCAGAGCUUCGACUUUCGUUGCCGAUGUCGUUGGCGGUAGCCCAACUGACUAUAAGGUCCCCGUUGUUGGUGGCCACAGCGGUGAAACUAUCGUUCCAUUGUUGAGCCAGAUUACUCCAAAGACUGAGAUCCCAAGUGAUAAGCUUGAGGCUUUGGUUAAGAGAAUACAAUUCGGUGGUGACGAAGUCGUCAAGGCUAAGGAUGGUACUGGAUCCGCCACCCUCUCCAUGGCCUACGCCGGUUUCAAAUUCGCCGAAUCCCUCCUCAGAGCCGUCAAGGGAGAGACCGGAAUCGUCGAACCCACCUACGUCUACCUCGAUGGUGUUGCCGGUGGUAAGGAGGUCAAGGAGGCCGUUGGAGGUCUCGACUUCUUCGCCGUCCCAGUCGAGCUCGGACCAACUGGUGCCGUCAGGGCCACCAAUCCUCUCCCACAAGCCAACGAGUACGAGAAGACACUUCUUGAGGAAGCUAAGAAGGGUUUGGCCGGAAACAUCGUCAAGGGUACCGAAUUCAUCACACCUACCUCGAAGUGA